AGGUGCGAAUUAAUAAAAUUAUAUUUUUGUUUACCGGAGAACGCGCAGUUAUAAAAAAUUCACAAUUUAAUAAUAUUUGAGUAAUUAUUUAAUAACAAUUAUAAUAAACAAACUUAUAGAUUAAUCAAUAAUGUUAAAAUUAAAUCAGUUCAAUUGUUUGCCAACCUCACGUUCAAUCAUAUUAACAAUUAUUUAUUUGUCGUUUUGUAAUAGAGUCGUAAGUUUAUUGAUUGACUCGAAUACCAAUGUAACUUCAACGUUUAAUAUCAGUUUAUUGGGAAACCAUGCCGCUGAUGCAGAGAACAAUUCAUUCAAUAAAAGUUUGUUAAGAAUUUAUGGUGAAGGAAUUGAAUCUAAAUUUCCUCCAAUUUUGGAAAUGUUCGUUCAAAGGAUUCAAUCAUUUUUCUCUGUUUAUCAACAACCAUUGCUAUUAAUUAAUACUUCGAAUUUUAACCAAAUUCCAACAACAACGGUAACUGUUAGUACAACAACAUCAAAGUAUGAAGUGAUAAGUGAAAAAUCAAAUACGAGUACAACUAAUGCGGAUUUAAUUGAAGACCAGGAUUAUAACGAGUUGAUUUCUAUUGGUGAAGAUAGUGAAUUUAUAAGCGUGGGUGAGUCGGGAGAGCUUGAGACUGACGUGUUUAUAGGUGCAACAACUACCUCAACCAACACAGAAGCUACAGAAAACAAAACUUGAUCCAGCAUCAAUAUAAUAUUUUAUGUAUUCCCUAAAUAAAAAAAAGUCUAAAAUCUAAAGUUGUUUAUUCAAUAUUAUUUAUUCAAUAUUUAUUUAAUUUUUUGAAUGUCAAUUAAACACAAAUAAACAUAUGAAAUGUA